AUGGCGGGAGAUGCCGCUGCCCUUGGAGACCGUUAUCCACCCCCGCCCCAUUGCAGGACGGCCGGGCUCGACUCGUUGCCGGCUCUCCCCUCUACAACGGACGCCCCCCGUCUGCUAGUCAGAACUACAGCUCCCAUGAUACAGCGCGCGGCCCCUCUCUAUGACGCAAUCUACUAUGGCUUCCUUCCCCUCCAGAGGGGGAGUGAGAGAGGGGAGUCAUUAGUUCUCGCGAGACUACAGCUGGCGGGGGGAGGGGUAAGGCGGGGGGAUCCUGAAGACAGACGUGGUGGGGAAGUUUUGGGGCUGGGCUACUCUGGAAUCGAAAGCGUUUGUACCGCUACGAGCCGCUCCCUGCUUCUCCGUUGCGCCUGGACCGGGUCCAUGGCGGCGGCCACAGCCCCUGCCGAGGCGGCGCCGCUGGAGCCUAGCGGUCUGUCCCCGAAGGAGGAGGGGGAGCUGGAGGACGGCGAGAUCAGCGACGAUGACAAUAACGGCUCCGAGCCCGCCAGCGGCCUCAUCAGCACCAGGCCCUACUCGAGGCGCAGGCCGCCUCCCGGGCUCCGCGGCGGCGCCUCCCUCUCCUCCUCGCGCCGCUUCCCCCGCUCGCGGCACCAACCGCCCCCGGAGCUCGGCCACCUGCACGGCCACGGCGGCUACCGGCCCAAGGAGUCGUUCCGCUCUCACCCGCCGCCGCUGCCUUCGUCGCGGAUGCCUCCGGGCUCCCACUCCCACUCCGACUCUGGCCCCAGGCUCUCGUUCUGGGAGCGCAGCCACAACGCGCUGGAUCGGUUCCGCUUCCGAGGCAGGCCUUACCGCGGCGGGGGCCGCUGGGGCAGGAGCCGGGGUGGGGGAGAUCGGGGAAGUAACCCGCCAGGAAGGCCGCCGGGGGGCGGGGGAGGACCCGGAUUCAGCUCCAGCCAGGGCUGGAGGGAGCCCUCCCCUCGGAAGUCCAAAACUUUUGGAAGAUCCCCAUCUAGAAAACAGAACUACUCAUCUAAAAAUGAAAACUGUGUGGAAGAAAGCUUUGAGGAUCUUCUUCUGAAAUACAAGCAGAUUCAGCUUGAACUUGAAUAUAUUAAUAAAGAUGAAAAACUGGCUCUGAAUAACAGAGAAGAAACUGUGCACCAAGAUGAUGCUAAAACAGCAAACGCUGAGGACCAAAUAGCUGUAGAAAAUGUCAGUAUUACAAAAGAAGCUAUAAAAGAAGUGUCUCCUGAGGAGAAAAAUCAGGUUAUAGCCUUUCAGGCAUUUGAACUGAAACCUCUCAGGCAAAAACUGUCUACACCGGCUGAGAGGAACAGAUUGAAAAAAACUAAAGAUGGAACAAAACAGCUGUCACAAAAAUCUGAACUCACAGAAUCCAGUCAAGCACACGGCAAGCAGGAAGAUCUCCAGGGUGUAGAAGACAAAGAACAAACAUUAGUACGAAAACUUAGCACUUCAGAUGCUACAUCUGAAAAGAAGCUACUGGAUGAGGAGGAAGAGAUGUCUGAAUUGCAGCUUAGACUUCUUGCACUUCAGUCUGCCAGUAAGAAAUGGCAGCAGAAAGAACAGCAGGUGAUGAAGGAAAGCAAGGAAAAACUAACAAAGACUAAAACUGUUCAGCAAAAAGUCAAAGCCAGUACAAAACCACAUUCAACCAAAAAAACCAGCACUGCAGCUAAGCAAGCUUUGAGGAAACAGCAAACAAAGGCAUGGAAAAAAAUGCAGCAGCAAAAGGAACAAGAAAGACGUCAAAAAGAAGAGGAGCAGAGGAAACAGGAAGAGGAGGAGGAGAGAAGAAAAAGAGAAGAGGAAAUCCGAAAAAUCCGUGACCUUUCAAAUCAAGAAGAGCAGUACAACCGGUUCAUGAAGCUUGUUGGGGGAAAGAGGAGAUCAAGAAGCAAGUCUUCAGAUACAGACUUGAGACGGUCUUUAGAUAAGCAAUCUACUGAUAGCGGAGGAGGGAUUUAUCAAUAUGACAACUAUGAUGAAGUUGCCAUGGAUACAGACAGUGAAACUAACUCACCAGCUUCUUCUCCAGUGCAGCCUCCUUUCUUUGAGUGUCCGGUGGAAUAUUUUCCUCCUCCAGCACCACCAAUUUCCUUGCCCCUGACACCCCAGGUUACAACCGUACAGCCGUUGAGCCAACUUUAUGUGGAGGACAUUUCUUGUGUUUCUCUUGAGCCUCCUCCACCUCUCCCACCCCUUCCACCUGAGGAACCCGAACAGCCACCCAAACCUCCAUUUGCAGAUGAAGAAGAAGAAGAAGAAAUGCUACUACGAGAAGAGCUACUCAAGUCUCUAGCUAACAAACGAGCUUUCAAAUCAGAGGAAACAUCAAGUAAUAGUGGUCCGCCUUCACCUCCAGUUCCAAAUAAUUCCCAGCCUGUGCCAAGAAGCAAUCUAUCAGCAGUCAGUAUUAAUACUGUAUCCCAGCCUCGGGUACAGAACACAAAGUUUGUUAGAGUACCGCGACCGCCACGAGCAGUAAUCACACUUCCGAAGCAUAAGUCAGUAGUGGUGACACUGAAUGAUUCAGAUGAUAGCGAAUCUGAUGGAGAGCCAUCUAACUCGACUAACAGUGUAUUUGGAGGACUAGAAUCCAUGAUCAAAGAAGCAAGAAGAACUGCAGAGGCUUCAAAACCCAAAGCACCUCCAAAAUCAGAAAAAGAAAAUGAUCCUAUGAGAACCCCAGAGGCCUUACCAGAAGAUAAGAAGAUUGAAUAUCGACUCUUAAAAGAAGAGAUUGCCAGUCGAGAGAAGCAGCGCUUAAUUAAAUCUGAUCCAUUGAAGAACAAUUCAUCUCCUGCAAACUCUGAUGGUGAAGUCGAUGGGGUUGGUAGAAUAGCAAUAGUUACAAAACAAGUUACAGAAGCAGAAGCAAAACUUAAGAAGCACAAACUUCUGUUAAUGAAGGAUGAGUCUGUUUUGAAACAUCUCCUGCAGCAAGAAGCAAAGAAGAGAGAAUCUGUUCGAAUUGCUGAAAAUAAGAUUGCUAAACUUGCUGAGCAACUGCAAGCAACUGAAAAGUUUCUGGAUGUUAAUAGGGUGUUUUUGAAGAAGCUUCAGGAACAAAUUCACAAAGUUCAACAACGAGUUACAGUGAAGAAAGCUCUGGCGUUAAAAUAUGGAGAAGAGCUUGCUCGAGCAAAAGCAGUGGCAAGUAAAGAAAUUGGAAAACGAAAACUGGAACAAGAUCACCUCGGACCAAACAAAAUGUUGAAAUUGGAUCAUUCCCCUGCAUCAAGUCCAAAAAAACAUUCAGCAGAAUUGAUUGCAUUGGAGAAGAAACGACUACAGCAACUGGAGUACGAGUAUGCCCUAAAGAUUCAGAAACUUAAAGAGGCCCGUGCACUUCAAAUCAGGGAACAACCAAAUAUUACUCCAAAUGCAGAAGAGGAAUCUGAAUUUGUAUUACCUCAGCCAUCACUUCAUGACCUUACACAAGACAAACUGACCCUAGACAGUGAAGAAAACUAUUUUGAUGAUGAAAUUUUGUCUAACUCAAACAGAGAACGAAGGAGAUCUUUCAGAGAAUCCAGUUCUUUUACUAAACCUAAUCUUAAGCACUUGGACACCCCCAAACAAGAAAUAAACAAACUUUCUAAAAAAGCAGUGGAGGAACCUGAACUUUUUCUCGGGUUGAAUAUUGAUGAACUGAAAAAACUUUAUGCUAAAGCUGACAGCUUGAAAGAGCUGCUUAUAAAAAGUACUGCCGUUAUGACUUCUAAGGAAGAGUUUUUAUGUGGUCAGGAAAUUUUGGUGGAUAUGGAUAUUGUUACAGCACAAAGUAAACAAGCUGAAGUGAGACCAUUUCCAUUUGGGCCAUAUCAUAGUCCCCUUCUAGUUUUUAAAUCCUACAGGUUUAGCCCCUAUUUUCGAACCAAGGAAAAACUUUACCUCAGUUCAGUAUCCUACAGCAAUAUGAUUGAGCCAAAACAGUGUUUCUGCCGUUUUGAUUUAACAGGCACAUGUAAUGAUGAUGAUUGUCAGUGGCAGCACAUGAAAGACUGCACUCUUAACCGAAAGCAACUGUUUCAGGACAUUCUUUCUUACAAUUUAACUUUGAUUGGCUGUUCAGAGAAAAGCACUGAUGAGGAAAUCAGCAUUGCAACAGAAAAAUAUGUCGAAAAACUUUUUGGUGUAAACAGAGAUCGAAUGUCAGUGGAUCAGAUGGCCGUUCUUCUUGUUAGCAAUAUCAAUGAGAGUAAAGGUCACACACCUCCAUUUACAACUUGGAAAGACAAAAGGAAAUGGAGACCUAAGUACUGGAGAAAACCUGUUUUAGAUAGUAGUAGCAGCAGUGAGGAGGAACAAUCUCUGGGACCUAUUAAAUAUGCCAAUCCUGUAGAACACAAAACCAAUGUUCGAGCUCUGGAUGCUGUUGUGACUCCAGACGAUGUCAGAUACUUCACAAAUGAGACUGAUGACAUUUCUAAUCUGGAGGCGAGUGUACUUGAAAACCCCUGUGAUGUACAGCUUUGGAUUAAACUUGCAUACAAGUACUUGAGUCAAAAUGAAGGUUCAUCCUCUGAGUGCUUGGAUUCUGCUUUAAAUGUUCUGGCUCGAGCACUAGAAAACAACAAAGAGAACCCUGAAAUCUGGUGUCAUUACCUCAAGCUAUUCUCAAAAAGAGGAACCAAGGAGGAAGUGCAGGAGAUGUGCGAGACAGCAGUAGAGUAUGCGCCUACUUACCAAAUCUGGUGGACGUUUUUGAACCUGGAAAACUCUUUUGAUGGAAAGGACUAUGUAUGUGGGAGAAUGCUGCAGUUCCUAAUGGAAAGUACAGAGGGUGAAGAAAACUCUGAUCUCCUGUCCUUUCAGCUGUUGGAGACCCUGCUGUACAGAGUUCACUUAAGCAUGUUUACAGGAAGACAUCAAAAUGCUCUUGCUCUACUUCAGAAUGCUUUAAAAUCAGCUAAUGAAAAGAUAAUAGCAGAACGCCUCACCAUAAGUGACCGCUGCUUGGCUUGGCUAGCUUAUAUACAUCUAAUUGAAUUCAGUGUUCUCCCUGUCAAGUUUUAUGAUCCUGCUAAUGCCAACCCUUCGAGGAUAAUGAACAAAGAACCAUUUUUAAUACCAUGGCAAACAAUUCAAGAUGUGAAGACCAAUCCUGAUAUGUUGUUAGCUGUGUUUGAAGAUGCAGUACAAACAUGUACUGAUGAAAAUCUUGGAGCUGAUGAAAGAAUAGCUAUCUGCCUUCCACUUUACAGAAACAUGAUUGCUUUGCAGCAGCUACUGGAAAGGUGGGAGGCUGCUAUAGAACUGUGUAGCUCAUUGCUGGAGUUAUGCCCUAUCAACUGUCAGUUGCUGGAAGCGCUGGUUACUUUAUACUUGCGGAUGGAACAGAAUGACAAAGCCUGUGCUGUGUGGCUUACAGCAUUUGAGAAAAAUCCUCAAAAUGCACAGGUUUUUUAUCAUAUGUGCAAAUUCCUCAUCUCCCAGAAAAGGGCAGACAGUAUUCCUCCAUUGUUGCAAGAAUUUGUCGCAGCUUUCUUUGAGAAUGUAUGUCAGGAACACAGUCCCAUGGAUCUGUUACGGUAUCUCUUGAAUUUUCCAAUGCCGAUUGAAUUUACAUCACCUUUGUAUAAAGGACAUCUUACAGAUGAUAUUUUAAACCAGCAAGUCCCAUUUUUGUGGCAAAUCUACUGUUUAUGUCAGUCUCUUCAUGCAAGUGUUGGUGAAGCAUUGGAUGCUUAUGAAGCAGCUCUAGGAGCAGUGAUGCAACAGGAAACAGUGCAGAACAUUUGGAUGGAUUACCUUGUUUUUCUCAAUAGCAAAGUUGUUGGAUCCAACAAUAAAGUUCAAGAAUUCAAGCUUUUUACUGAUCUAGUGAACAGAUGUCUAGUUACAGUCCCCACCCGAUACCCUAUUCCUUUUAGCACUGCUGAUUACUGGACCAAUUAUGAGUUUCAUAAUAGGGUAAUUUUCUUUUAUUUGAGCUGUGUUCCAAAGUCUCAACAUUCCAAAACCUUGGAACGGUUUUGCUCUUCUAUGCCUACCAAUCCUGGACUUGCACUAAGGCUGCUUCAACAACUUUGGGAAGAGAACAAUGUUCAGAUACUGAAACUGCAAGCCAAGAUGUUUACAUAUAAUAUCCCAACAUGCCUGGCCAUCUGGAAAAUAGCCAUUGCUGCCGAGUGCUUUCUAAAGGGACAGAGAGAGGUCCAUCAUUUAUAUCAGAGAGCCUUUCAGAAGUUACCUCUAUGUGCAACACUGUGGAAAGAUCAACUCUUGUUUGAAGCAUCAGGAGGAGGUAAAACUGAUAACCUGAGAAAACUAGUUUCCAAGUGCCAAGAGGUUGGAGUCAGCCUAGAUGAGCUUUUAAAUUUAAACACUUACAGAACAGAAAGCAAGAAUCACUGAACGCUGGGUGCAGUCAGUCCUAAGUCCUAUUAAAUGCCAAAAUCAUUUGAAUGAUUCUUCAGGCUGAUCCAUGCCUAAGCUCUGUGUCAGGCAGAUGAGCAUUGCUGAGCAUAUCAAGUCUCCAAUCUGCUUUCCUUGAACCUGGAAACAAUUAACAUGACCCUCCUCUCUCUGGAUAAUUGAACUCCCUGUUUGGCCUGCUUCUGGGCCCUGCCAGAAUCUCAUAACAUCAUGUACGUAAGUAUAGUUAAUCAAAAUGACAGACAUUAUUUUUUUUAUGUUUUCCUUUUAUUUUCCUUUUUCUUUAUCUUGUGCUGUUCCUGAUUCACUUGACACUCUCGCUGAUGCCUGAGAGAUCUGUGUUUGGGGUUAAGUACUGGACUGUGUUUACAGUAAAAAGCAAGCAGUCCACUUGGUUUUUUCCUUUUUUAAACCUUUUUGAGAUUUUUUUUCAUUACAGGAUUUAAAACAAAAGCAGCCGCUCUUAAGGAAAGCGUAACUGCCAGGGCCACAAGUAUGCUUCUAGCACUUGAAGGCUCUAAGAGGGUUGUUUACUGCCCUUUCUGCAUUCUGGACUCAUGGCAGAGACUAUUAAACUUGAAGAUUAAAGAAACUAUUGCAAAUGCCAGUGCAUCAGAAAUAAGAGUGGUCAAUUAUUAUGUGCAAUUUUUUUGUAAAGAAAUUUUAAUUUAUAAUAAAGUUUAACAGUUUAAAGAACAGUUAAUAUUGAACUGUUUUGUAUUAAGAUACUACUCUGUAGUAUUAGUUGUUUAUACAAAGAUAUUUUGAAUAUAAGUUAACUUUUAAGAAA